AUGGGUCGGCUGCGAUCUCGUAACGGCUGCCUUACGUGCCGAGAACGUCGCGUCAAAUGUGAUGAGACGAGACCGACUUGCGGACUGUGCCUCAAGAGGGACCGACUGUGCCGCUGGGACGAUUCAUCCCCUCAGCUCAAGAUUAAGCGAUACCGGCCAAAGCAAAUGGAACAUCCGGUCCAUGGUGAACAUUCCCUACAUCCUCCGGAAGGAGAUAUUCCAUUGGCGGAAGGGCCCUCAUCACCACUCAACUCUCUACAGCAGCCGGAUUCAAUUUGGUGCCCCGAGAAUCGGACGUCGCCGACUUCAGCUGCUUCAAUCUUCGACCUUAGUCAACAUGAAUCUCCAAACCAGUACAGUGGUGACUCUCCCAUGAGCGUACCUAGGAUAACCCCUGUCCCUCCUGCGCUUCAACGCCAGGAGGCUUUCUAUCUACAUCACUUUUCCACGCACGUGGCUCGGUGGCUAGACUGCACGGAUGCAUCACGGCAGUUUACGCUUAAUGGGACUGUCCUGGCCAAGAGCUCACCCAUUCUUCUAUAUGCAAUCAUUUCUUAUGCCGCUCGCCAUUUAGGUGAUAACAGUACAGCUGAUGAAUUCCAAGAAAAGUGUAUAGCGCUUCUCAUUCCCUUGCUAAGUACCGAGACCAUUGCCCACGACGAGACUAUCCUCUGCGCCAUAGUCAUAUUGCGCGUAUGCGAACAACUGAGUGUAACUGAGACGGGCGGUGAUCAGGAGAGACAUCUUGCUGGGUUGAGUGCUCUGCUCAAGGCAUCCCAAGAACAGCAAGUAGAUCCCUCGGCACCUACCCUCUCUCAAGCUGCGUUUUGGGUUUAUGUAAGACAAUCCUUUUACAACGCCUGCAUCAAUCAGCAGCCGCCCAAUUUGAAUUUUGACUUGGUGUUGAUGCCACCACCACCCGUCGUCCAUCAACAAGCUGUCGAUGUCAAGUCAGAGAAUGCCUGGGCAAAUACCAUGACAUGGAUUUGCGCUACAGUGAUGCAUUUCUGUUUUAGUGGAAGUGUCUUGUACUCAGAAUCAUCGACAAGGAUGCAAAGAUGGUACGAGCUGUCCGAGGCCGUUGAGAACUGGAACAAGACGAAGCCGAGUACAUUUGAUCCAAUAUGGUCUGGAGAACCAGAGCUGGGAGCAGAUCCUUUUCCAGAGAUUUGGUUUACAGCAGAUUGGCAUGUUAUGGCAUUUGGAUUCUAUCACCUGGCUAGGAUGCUUUUAAAGGUCUACCGUCCAUCUCCGCGAUUUGCCAUUCGAAAUGUCCGCCGAACCCUGGCGGAAUCUGAUGUGAGUUCAUGGUUUAUAGAGUAA